GGCGAGCAGCGCAGAGCCCUGUGGCCGAGGAGCGGCCCGGGCUGGCGGCCGCGCUUGGUACAGCGGACGGCGCUGCAGGGCGAGAGAUGAUGGCCUGACAGUCCCCUGGUGGGGGUCCACAGGCCAUGUUCUCCCCGUGUGACGCCGACUCUGACAUCGCUGAUUGGCUGGCCACCAUCCAUCUGGAGAGAUACCAGGAAACCUUUAAGCAGCAUGGGUUCCAAGUGGCCAGAGAUGCUGUCUCCCUAGGCAACAAAGACCUGCAGCGGAUCGGCAUCACUGCCACUGGGCACCGCAAAAGGAUCCUGAGUCUGGUGCAGCAGACGCAGCUGUUGGUGCAAGACAAAGGCAGGCCCAUGGCAGGAGAUGCCUGUGCCAAGCCUGGCACAUGUACAGAGCCCCUGGAUGUGCCCAGAGUGUGCCAAGCAGGCAAGGAGAACAAUGGGACAAGUACUGCUAAUGGAGCCCCAGUAGCAGCCAUUGAUGGGCUUGGGAACCACCAGUGUUCAGCUAGUCCCAGCCAAAACCCACCUCUGGAGAUGGAGCCUGCUCCACCCAUUGCCAAGCCGGUACCCAAGCCUAGGACGUUCUUCCAGCGCCCUAACCCAGCAGCAAGGCCAGAGCAGGGCCUGGUGCCCACGCCGCUGGCACGGACAUCAGUGCCAACACGCAAACCUGGCUGUGAGGGGCCUUCUGCUGCUUUCAUUGUACACGAGGGGUUUGUGCCAGGGGAAAGCUCCAUGGAUCUUGGGCGCUCGGAGUUCACCCUGGAGCAGCAGGCCGGCUCAGGAGAGAGAGGCUCAGCAGGCCCCCAGGCACCCCAGCCUGUGGGGAAGGAAAGUGCUAUGGAGCCUACGCCAAUGCCCCGGGCUGGGGUGGCUGAAGUGGGUUUGGAUGAUGUAGAGAUCCAGGCUGGGUGUGGAAAAUCCUCUCCUUUCAUCCCCGGUGUCUCUCCACGCCUCGGCCAGGGGAUCCAGCCAGCUGAUUGCAGCCCUGCGAGCCCAGGAGUGAGCCACUCGCCGUGCAGCUUCCCAUUGUCUGCUCCAACCAGCCCUGCUGCCAAUGCGCAGAGAGAGCCCUCGCCAGCCCCGGGCGCCCCCUCCCAGCCAGCCUCUGCAUGGGGCAGGAUGGAGAUGGUUUCCAAUAUCAUUUAUGAGGGACUUGAGCCCCCUUCACAACCAGCUGGGUGUUCAGGGGAUGAGGAGCCUGCGAGGAAUCAACCUACCCCACGGCCACUGGACUCAGCUACACAGCAAGGGACCACACCAGCAGAGAAGCCUGACUCUCCCAGAUGGCCCAGCCUGGACCUGCCCCCCGUCCCACAGAGACCUGCCAGCUGGCCAGAGCCUGCUGAGGAGCCCAUCAGUCCCUACUGUGAGGCCGUGUUUGGAGGUGGGCUCCCUGCCCGGGAGCAGAAGAGCACUGGGACCCCCGCUGUGCCAGGCUGUGAAGUGGUGCCAGAGCACUUCCCCGAGCUGGAGAGAGAAAGGCCCAGGACCAGCAGCGAGGGAACAGCCGAGGAGCACGAGAGCCGGGCCCAGCAGCUUGACUGGAUCCUCCAGAACGACAUGAAGGACUAUGCCAUGGUGGAAGCUCCCCAGGCUGAGGGCUCCCAGUUCAGCCUUCCAUCUCACCUCUACUCAGACGAGGUCCUGGAUGACUUGACCAUCUCCCCAUACGCCAGCUACACCUUGCUGUCUGAGCGUCCACCCACCAUGCUCAGCGGCUGGCUGGACAAACUCUCCCCGCAGGGGAAUUACGUUUUCCAGAGGCGCUUCGUCAGAUUCGAUGGGAAAAACCUCAUGUACUUCCACAGCGAGAAGGAGCCAUAUCCCAAGGGUGUGAUCCCGCUCUCUGUAAUCGAGAUGGCACGCGCCACCAAGGAGAACAAGUUCCAGGUCGUCACAAGCCACAGGAUCUUUCUCUUCAGAGCCGAGAACGAAGCUCAGAGGAACGAGUGGUGCUCCACCUUGCAGAGGAAGGUGGCAGAGCAGCGGUUGGUCAGCCCCCGGCCCCGCCUGGCCAGCAGCACUCACUGCCAGAAGUGUGGCACCCUGGAGCUCAAGGGCCACAAGUCCAAGCUGUUUGCAGCCCUCAGCCUGGCCAACAUGUGGCUGUACAAGAACGAGCAGUUCUUUAAAAUGGGCAUCGCCAUCUGCCUGAUCGAGCUCCACGGCGCCACCAUCCGGGAGGCCAAGAACCGCUGCUUCGAGCUCAUCAGCCCAUUCAAGAUCUUCAGCUUCGUGGCCGAGUCGGAGCGGGAAAAGCGGGAGUGGAUGGAGGCGCUGCAGGACGCCAUUGCAGAGAUGCUGUAUGACUACGAGGUGGCCGAGAAAAUCUGGUCCAACAAAGCCAACAAGUUCUGUGCUGACUGCAGAGCCCUGAGCCCCGACUGGGCAUCCAUCAACCUGUGUGUGGUGAUCUGCAAGCAGUGUGCAGGUCAACACCGGAGCCUGGGCUCCAGCGUGUCCAAGGUGCAGAGCCUGAAGCUCGACACCAGCAUCUGGAGCAAUGAGAUUGUCCAGCUGUUCAUCGUGCUGGGGAACGAGCGAGCAAACCGGUUCUGGGCCGCGCGCCUCCCGCCCGCUGAGGCCCUCUACCCAGACUCCAGCGCGGAGCAGAGACAGGUCUUCAUCACUCACAAAUACCGUGAUGGGCGGUACCGCCGCCCACACCCCCGCUACACCUCCCAGGAUGACGUGCUGCAGACGCUCUGUGCUGCUGUGGCAGGGCCCGGCCUGCUGAAGACAAUCUUGCAGUUCUUCUCUGCCACUGAAACCGGGAUGGCAGCUGACACAGGGGGCUGCGACGGGUCGCAGGGAACCGAGCUCUGGCAGACCCCUGAGAACAGCUGGCAUGGGAACCAUCCAGGGAGCCCCAGUGCGCAGGAGCUGAGUCUGGAAGGGGUCUACAAUGAGAUCACCCAGCCUGUGGUGCACAGUGGCUACCUCUACAAGGCACCAGCCCUCUCCAAGCUCUCCAGCACCAGGAAGAGCAGAGAUGAACUGCACCGCGUCUGGUGCUCCCUGGAGAAGUCUCUCCUCUUCUACGAGACUGACAAGUGUUCUGAGUUAGUGGGGAAGGUUGAGCUGGCUGACAUGGUCUCGCUGGGCGUGAGCAGAGCAGAUGGACUGGCCAGUCCUGGGCCUCCAGACAGGUUCCGCUUCACCUUGGAGCUUUUCCUGAGCGGCGACAAAGUGCAGCAGCUGGGAGCUGACGGGCUGGACACCCUGCAGGCCUGGGCCAGUGCCAUCGGCAAGUGGUUCACACCGCUCAGCUGUCACUGCCUGCUGGGCUACGAGUUCCAGAGAGUGGGACAGUUGCGCUGCAGAUCCAUGCUCAGUCCUGAGCAGUGGCUGCAGGGCUUCUUCAUCCUGCAGAAAGCCCACCUGUUCUUCUGCCCGGGGGAGGAGGGCGCAGCCGAGGACAGCAUCAACCUCCGGAGGCUGCAGGAGCUCAGCGUGGUCCCCCUCACUGAGACUCCUGAAAAGAAGGAGGUGCUGAUCCUGGUGGAGAUGGGGAGGACCUUUUACCUGCAGGGGGUGACACGGAUGGACUUCGCAGCAUGGUGCGCGGACAUCCAGGCCUCGGCGGGGGGACGGGGCAACGCCCUGCGCGACCAGCAGCUCAGCAGGAGUGAUAUCCCCAUCCUCGUGGACAGCUGCAUUGCCUUCAUCACCCAGUACGGGCUGCGACAUGAAGGCAUUUACCGGAAGAACGGGGCCAAAUCCCGGAUCAAGGUGCUGAUGGAGCAGUUCCGCAGGGAUGCCCGCAAUGUCAAGCUGCGGAUCAGCGACAACUUCAUUGAGGACGUGACCGACGUGCUGAAGAGAUUCUUCCGGGAGCUUGAGGACCCCGUCUUCACCUCGGAGCUGCACCCCCAAUGGAAGGAGGCUGCGGCAAUAGCCCUGAAGCCCCAACGGCUGGAGCGCUACAAGGAGCUGAUCAACCGCCUGCCCCGCCUCAACCGCAGGACACUGGCUGCUCUGAUUGGUCACCUCUACCGCGUGCAGAAAUGUGCUGACUUCAAUCAGAUGAGCACCAAGAACCUGUCACUGCUCUUUGCUCCCAGCCUUUUCCAGACAGACGGCAAAGGGGAACACGAGGUCAAGGUGAUGGAGGACCUGAUUGAUAACUACGUCCGCAUUUUCAACAUUGACGAGGACCAGGUGUCGCAGAUGGAUCUAGAGAACAGCCUCAUCACUACCUGGAGGGAUGUGCAGCUCUCACAGGCUGGAGAUCUCAUCAUUGAGGUUUACCUGGAGCAGAAGCUGCCAGACUGCUGUGUCACCCUGAAGGUGUCGCCUACCAUGACGGCGGAGGAGCUGACCAAUCAGGUGCUGGAGAUGCGCAAUAUGCCAGCGAGCCUGGAUAUCUGGCUGACCUUUGAGGCCCUGGAGAAUGGGGAGCUGGAGCGUCCCCUGCACCCCAAGGAGAAGGUCCUGGAGCAGGCUCUGCAGUGGUGCAAACUGCCUGAGCCCAGUACCGCCUACCUGCUGGUGAGGAAGGUUCCCAUUGGACAAGGCAGCUGUCUCUUCACAGGUGCCAAGCGCGAGAGCCCCAAGUGUGGGGUGCUGAAGUGUCGGGAGGAGCCCCCCAAACUCCUGGGCUGCAAGUUUCAGGAGCGAUACUUUGUCAUCCAGGAUCACAAGCUGCUGCUGCUGAAGGAGAAAAGGAGUGCCCGGCCAGAGCGGGAGUGGCCCCUCAACAUGGCCAAGGUUUACAUGGGGAUUCGGAAGAAGCUGAAGCCGCCGUCCCAGUGGGGAUUCACUCUGAUCCUGGACAAGCAGCAGCUGUACCUGGCAUGUGCGGGGCAGGCCGAGCUGUGGGACUGGACCACCAGCAUUCUGAAGGCUCAGCACGACGACCUGCGCCCAGUGAUCAUGAGACGGCGCUCCUCCUCCGACCUCACCAAGCAGAAGUUUGGCACCAUGCCCCUGAUCCCUCUGCGGGGAGACAAUACAGAUGCCACCAUGCUCUCUGCCAACCAGACCCUGCGCCGCCUGCACACGCGAAGAACUUUGUCUAUGUUCUUUCCCAUGAAGAUGCACCAGGACUCGGUGGAGGAGCAGCAGGAGGAGGCAGUGGACACAGAGCCUGUCUAUGAGGAGGUGGGUGACUUCCCAGUGCUGGCCCCACUGCGGCUGGACGGAGGCCUCCUGGCCGAGCUCUCCCAGGUGCCCGCCGUGGACAGAUCAAAGAAGCCGGCCCUGUUCCCAGAGCAGCCUGCGCCCCCAGCACUUCACUCUGCACGGCCCAUCAGCCCAGAGCAGAGACCGUCUGGCGCCCACUUCACCAAGUCGCUUUCCCUUGAAAGAGAUCUGACCCUGGAGCCUGAAAAGACCCCGGAGUGGGACAAGUCCCCUGGGCUCAGAGCCACCCAAACAGCCUCACUCGAGAGAAACAUGGAUCUGCCCCGCAUGCUGCCUGCCCUGGGAAGGGAGCAGAACUGGACCCGGAACCCCCCACGCCCUGCGCAGCUGCCCCUUCCUCUGGAGCUGUCUCCCAGCCCUGAACCCCUGCAGGACGGCACCAGGAAGAGGAGUGCCCAGCUGCCCAUGCCCAUCAACGAGAAACUCAUGCAGGAGCUCAGCAGCAUCAUCCUCAAGAAGAAUGAGUGCCGGGCAGACGGGCCUGGGCAGCAAGUCACGUGACCUUGCAUGGCAGUGCCAGCUGCAGGUAAUGUCCUGUGAUACCUGAGCCCUCUCUGGACACUCCUACCUUGCUCCCCAUCUGGCAUUCCCAGGGCUGGCUGCCAUGUCCCAACCUCCCCCGACCCAGAGGAGCCCAGCGAGCCACCCCAGGAUGGGACACAGCAUUCAAGCCUCCAGCCCUGCCCUCCCAGGGUUCCUCCAGCUCUCCUGCCUAUGCCAGGUGGUGUCAGCUAAAGGCAGUUAGUGGGAUGCAGAAGUUGGCUCUGCCCCUUAAGGCAUUGAGCCAGAGCAGUGUCUGCCCCCAGAGCACUGCACCCACAGCAGGGGGACACGCCAGCUCCAAUACCUCCACAGGAAGGCAUGGGACUGGAGCCUUCCCUGGGUCAUGGGCAGGGCAACUGAGGCAGGAGGAGGAGAUUGUAACUGAUUGUGCAAAGCAAAGGGAAGUCACUGAGAAGGGAAAAGCAGAAACUAAAUUACAGGAAGGAGGCAAAUUUUUGCAAACAUGCAUUGUGCCUGGGUGUCUGCGUGGGAGGUGUGUGUGUCUUGGGUGGCUCCAGUGUGCAUGACGUCUGCGUGGGAGGUGUAUGCGAUGGCUGUGUGUGGUUCCUGUGGCACAGUGCCUGUGCCGGCUGUGCAGGAGGUGUGCGAUGGUUGUGUGUGGUUCGAGUGUACACAAUGCCUGUGCUGGCUGUGAAGGAAGUGUGCAAUGGCUGUGUGUGUUUCCCAUGGCACAGUUGCUGUGCCAGCUGUGCGGGAGGCAGUGCUGUAACAAGGGCAAGGCUAGUGAGGCACAUGCCUCGGGCACACAAA